AUGGGUUGUGCAGCUUCCAAGCUCGACAAUGAGGAUGCCGUGAGACGCUGCAAGGAGCGCCGCCGCCUCAUGAAGGAGGCGGUCUUCGCACGUCAUCACCUCGCCGCUGCCCACGCCGAUUACUGCCGUUCUCUUCGCCUUACUGGCUCUGCUCUCUGCUCUUUUGCCUCCGGUGAGCCCCUUUCAGUCUCCGACCAGACCCCUGCUGUCCUCUUACACAGGACAAAUCCGUCCCCAUCUCCUCCUCCUCAUCCUCUCUAUUCUGCUUCCUCCAAUCCGAUCCCUCCACGUGUUGUUCCGCCGUCACCUGCUCCUUCGUCCAUCCACCCGCCGCCGCGGCCGUUUUUUCCAUCUCCUUCUGCUACCAUUGCUACUUCAAAGCUGCCUCACAUCGUCUCUGCCUCGAGUAUGGACUCGGUGGUCAAUCAUCGUCGCCGGAAGCCUCCAAGAACGAAGCUUCCGCACAUAUUGUCGGAGACUAGUCCUUCUUCGUCACCGAAGUCGAAUUUCAGUGCCAAUUACCAGUUCCCGAUGGCGUUCCAAGCCAAUUCGACUUACUCAAGCACACCUUCUCAAGCUUCGUCUGUGUGGAAUUGGGAGAAUUUCUACCCUCCAUCGCCUCCGGACUCUGAAUUCUACGAGCGGAAAGCACACGCGCAAGCUCAAUCCCCAAAUCAAAGCAAGCAUCACUAUAGAAACGAUCACCACUUAGACACCGAUGAUCCGGACUCUUCAUUUUACCCGGACUCUUCAUUUUACCCUGUCGUACUGGUGUCGGAUAUUCAUGACAUGGGUACUGAUAUGAUACCUGGACUCUUCACUUUACCUUGCCUCCCUCUAUGGCGACUUCCAAUUUGA